UUGCCUGUUGCCUGGUAUUGUGCAAGGGGCUGUAUGCAGAAGUUUGUGCUCUGGCCCCAACCCUAGGCUCGGCUAAAAGCAGCCUAUGACCCCUCUCCUUCUUCUCUUUGGUGACAGUAUAAUUUUGAAGUAGAGCAGGUUGAGUGAAUCAAUCUUUUAUUAAAAUGGUUCGUAAAAAAAUAGAUAAUCGUAUACGAGUUUUGAUAGAAAAUGGUGUUGCUGUGGGGCACAGAACAAUGUUCAUCGUUAUCGGUGAGAAAGCAAGAGAUCAAGUGGUAUUAUUGCAUCAUAUGUUAUCCAAAACUGUUGUAAAGGCUAGGCCUUCUGUAUUAUGGUGCUAUAAAAAAGAUCUAGGUUUUAGUAGUCACAGAAAGAAACGCAUGAAGUCUUUACAGAAAAAAAUUAAGUCAGGUAAAUUGGAUGUUAAUGAGGAUGACCCAUUUGAAUUGUUUGUUGUUUCAACCAACAUUCGUUAUUGCUAUUACAAUGAAACACAUAAAAUAUUAGGUAAUACUUAUGGCAUGUGUAUAUUACAGGAUUUUGAAGCAAUUACACCAAAUCUAUUGGCACGUACUAUUGAAACAGUAGAAGGUGGUGGAAUAAUUGUAUUUUUGUUACAAUCUAUGAACUCUUUGAAGCAAUUGUAUACAAUGAACAUGGAUGUCCAUCAGAGGUUCCGCACAGAAGCUCAUAAAGAUAUCAUAUGUCGAUUUAAUGAAAGAUUUCUAUUAUCACUGGCUUCUUGUAAUCGGUGUUUAGUAGUUGAUGACCAACUAAAUGUAUUGUCUAUAUCUUCUCACAAUCUAAAAAUUGAACCUGUGCAUAAGUCUACUAUAUCAGAGGAGCAAUCAAGUUUAGAUGAUUUAAAGGAGCAUCUAAAAGAUACUCAGCCUGUAUCUGCAUUAAUUAAUUGUUGUAAAACCACUGAUCAGGCAAAAGCAGUUCUGAAGUUCAUUGAAUGUAUCUCAGAAAAAACAUUACGGUCUACUGUAUCAUUAACUGCAGCUAGGGGACGUGGAAAAUCAGCUGCACUAGGACUCGCCAUUGCUGGUGCUAUUACUUUUGGAUACUCCAACAUAUAUAUUUCAAGUCCUUCUCCAGAAAAUUUGAACACACUUUUUGAAUUUGUGUUCAAAGGAUUUGAUGCUUUAGGAUAUCAGGAACAUCUAGACUAUGGUUUAGUACAGUCUACAAAUCCUGAAUUCAAUAAAGCUACAGUGCGCGUAAAUAUAUUUCGCGACCAUCGUCAAACAAUUCAAUAUAUCCAUCCAACGGACACACAUAAGUUAAAUCAAGCAGAAUUACUUGUAAUCGACGAAGCAGCAGCAAUUCCUCUACCUUAUGUCAAAACUAUGCUUGGACCUUAUCUGAUAUUUCUGGCAUCGACUAUAAAUGGAUAUGAAGGUACGGGCCGAUCAUUAUCACUCAAACUGCUACAGCAAUUACGGACACAGACCAUCGGAUCAAACAGUCAUGGAAAGAAUGAGGAGCAAAAUGAGAAGACUCUUGUUGGGAGACAAUUACAUGAACUUACUCUUGACGAAUCGAUCCGUUACAAACCUAGUGAUGCCGUGGAGCAGUGGUUAUGUGAUUUACUUUGUUUGAACGCUACGAUAUACGCACCUAUUUUAUCUGGAUGUCCUCCUCCCGACACAUGUCAAUUGUAUUACAUAAACAGGGAUACAUUGUUCUCUUAUCACAAGGCCUCUGAAUUGUUCUUACAACGAUUGGUUUCUCUAUAUGUCGCAUCGCAUUAUAAAAACACACCUAACGACUUACAAAUGAUGUCUGACGCACCUGCACAUCAUUUAUUUUGUCUGUUGGGACCUGUAGAUCUCAAUAAAAAGACUUUACCUGAAAUACUAGUCGUUCUGCAAAUUUGCUUGGAAGGUGAAGUUAGCAAAACCAGUGUGAGUGAAGGCCUUUCACGAGGUCGUAGAGCAUCCGGCGAUUUAAUACCAUGGACAAUCGCUCAGCAAUAUCAAGACGAAGAUUUUCCACUAUUGGCGGGUGCGCGCAUUGUUCGUAUUGCUACGCAUCCAGAUUAUCACGGAAUGGGAUACGGUAGUCGUGCAUUGCUGCUAUUAAAGCAAUAUUAUGAAAUGCAACUACCUAAUAUUAACGAAGACGUUGUGCAAGAACCGAUAACGGAAAUCAAGAAUGUUCCUGAUGAGGCAGUGGGUUUACUAGAGGAAACGAUUGAACCUCGCAGUUCGCUUCCGCCAUUAUUAUUGAAAUUAAGCGAGCGACCUCCAGAACAAUUGGAUUACAUCGGUGUAUCUUUCGGGAUUACUGAACAACUGCUGAAGUUCUGGAAACGAGCCAAUUUCGUACCCGUAUAUUUAAGGCAAACUGCAAAUGACAUAACAGGAGAACACACGUGCAUCAUGCUCUACAGAACUCAAGGGGAACUAACUGCCUCUGAAUGGUUGCGUGAUUAUUGGAGCGAUUUCCGGCGGCGAUUCUUGAGUCUGCUUUCUUAUGCAUUUAACACAUAUACAGCAUCACUUGCAUUGAGCAUACUUGUUAACAAAACAAUACAACUAGAUUCUGUCACACUGAGCAAAGAAAUGUUGGACGUUCACUUCACAUCAUACGAUCUGAAGCGUUUACAAAUGUAUAGUAACAACAUGACAGAUUAUCAUUUAAUUAUGGAUUUAUUGCCGUCAUUAGCUCGCCUACACUUCUUAAACAUGAUGAACGAUACUCAUUUCUCAGCAGCACAGUCAGCAAUUCUGCUAGGCUUAGGUUUGCAACAUAAAACCGUCGACAAGCUGGCAGAAGAGUUGAAUUUACCGUCUUCACAGUUACUCGGACUAUUCAACCGUGUUAUACGUAAAUCAACACAAUAUCUAAAUAGCGUCGCAGAAGAACACAUUGCAAGUGUUAUAAUGACCAAAGAAUCGUCAGUGAACGGACAAAUAAAAAUGGAUCCUUUGGGCGGACAGAAUCUACACGAGGAGUUGGAGAGCGCAGCCAAGGAAUUCAAGAUCAAACAAAAAGAAGAAUUGAAGAAAUUAAGGAAAGAAAACCUGGACCAAUAUGUUAUUAAAGGCUUGGAAGCGGAAUGGACUAAUGCGUUAUCCGGCAAACAUAAUAAAAAUCUUAUUUCUGUGAAGACUGGUGAAAAACGACCGACCGAGAGUGAUCAUGCGGAAGAAAAACAGAAAAAACUUAAGAAAAAGAAAAAAUUUCUUUCAAAAACAUAACUCCUUAUAUAAAUUAGUGGGAGGAUAUUUAGAUAUAUAAUACUGAAAAUUUAUUUUUACAUGUAAAUAACGAAAAAUAU